AUGACUGAGCACGAAGCCAAGACCCUUAAGGAGCUAAUUGAGUACGCCAGCAAGAACAAGGCCAUUGUUGUCGACUUCCACGCCACCUGGUGCGGUCCAUGCGUGAAAAUCGGCCCCUACAUCAUCAAGAAGUGCCAAGAAAAUGGAAUCACUCUUGUAAAGGUGAAUGUUGACGAUAACCAAGAAGCUGCUCAGAAGUUUGGAGUGACAGCCAUGCCCACCUUCGCUGUGCUCAAUGAAAAGGGAGAAGCUUUGCUUACCAAGACUGGCGGAACCGAAGCAAUCGUCAACGAAAUCAUCGAAUUUGCUUUGAAACACAAAUGA